GCGGGCGGCGGCAGUGCGCGGAGCGGCAUCGCGCAAGGGCUGGGCCCCGCCGGGGACGGAGGGUGCCAGCAUGGCUCUGGAUUUCCUCGCUGGAUGCGUCGGCGGUGCUGCCGGAGUGCUGGUAGGACACCCAUUUGACACUGUUAAGGUGGGUUGAUUAUGAAAUACCUUUGUCUCUAUGUAGAGAACUUGAAAGUUUUUCCAAGGAGUGGGGGAAGAAAAAAAUCCCCAGGCACUGUAGGAGCAUAAAUCUGUGCUGGAAAGCUUGGAGCGAGCCUCCUCAACCACUCUUUAUAGAUUUGCAGUCUCCAGCUCUUCAGAAGGGAAAAAAUUCCUUGUAUGUGUCAUUCAACCCAGUAACAUGACAAACAUUGGCCUGAACUACAAGUUCAUCAGUGCAGUAACAAUGUUGUAUUUGAAAAUACAAUCUUACCUUUAACUUAAUUUUGUUCUAAGCUUGCUUCUCUGCAGCUGUUCAUCACUAACUGCUCAAACUGCCUCCCCCUGCGUUUGUAACUCAAACCUACUUCGUUACUAGGUUGAAAUCUCUGUUUCCCCUUCAAGCUCUGCUACUUACUCCUCAAGCAUUAAUUUGUUACACUAGCCACAGGGUGUAAGUGGAUAAAAAUCCACAGCAUGAAGCUUGCCUGGGGGCUUUUUCCUCCCUUUAAGUAUGACUAUAUAUUUUUAUAACUUUCCAAGUUAAGAUUGAUUUUUCUGAUGGUCUGUUAGCUGUAUGUAUUAUGCAUACUAAGGGUAGUUAAGACCUGUUCAAACAUAAGAUUUUAAAUCUCUUGGAGGGCCCUUCAGCCAGGACUCCCAGGGGUCCAAGCCCAUUUUUCAGAAUGGGAUGACAAGUUAAGUCACUUUUCAGCAGCCUUAUCCAAAGUAUCACAGUGGAAGAAUAGAAGAAGGGGUGCCAAUAUAUUCCCUGCUAAAUUAAUAUACCAGAUCACUUGACUGCAGCAGAGAGCAUGCCACCCUCUAGAUCUAUAUUUGGAAUACCUCUACCUUGCUGAAUUUAGAUAUGCAAAAGGCUGACAGAGUUAACGAGGUCAUCACCAUAUUCUGUAUUCUAGCACAUGGUUAAUUCAACACAGAUUUUCCUAGCUAUUGGAUAUUAGUCCUUGCCAGUCAAGUGCAAGCUGCUCAAAUAGUAAAAACUGUAUGUAUGUUUCUCAGAGUAGGGUAAAUUUGACUGUUACGUAAUUGGGUUGAAUUCUAGUAUAUAUUUUUCAGGAAUGGUAUUAUCCAGACUCGCACAUAUUUUAUUUUUAUAGUGGUACAGGGCCAGCUGUCUUUUUCUCUCCCUCCCACCCUGCCAAGUUUUACAUGCUUAACUUAAGGUGAUGGGUCAUUUCACUGAAGCCAGCAAAACUGCUAAAACUCUAUGCUCAGACUAAGGUUAAGCAUGUGUGGGUGGUUUUUUGUUUUUAAAGUGGAACAGCUUCUAGUGCAUGAAACUAAACAUUUAAGUGUCUGCAAAACUGGGGCUCCCAUGCUAGUUCCAGCAGAUGUAUUAUUGCAAAAUAGAUGUGUUGGCUUUAGAAAAAGCAUCUUGCUUUACAAUAGAGCAAAUAGUUUGUUUCUGGAUGACUUCAACUGUUCUAUGAAAUCCAGUAUGGCACACUGUAUUUUCAUGCCCAUUAGAAGGUAUUAUAAGCAUUUCUUUUAUUUUUCAGAGAAAAUACUAAUGUUUGUGUUAUUAGCUGGCAUUGUCACCACUGUAUGUGGGAAAACUAACACUAUAACCAGUCUUUAAAAAAAAAAAAAAAAAAAAACCACUGACAGACAUUGCAUAAUUUGUUGUGUAUAUAUAUGUGUUAAGAAUUAACCCUUUUUAUAGUUCUGCAGUGUUUAAAGGGCUAGCUGGUAGUCACCUUAGACUGUAAGUUUUUAAUAUAACUGAACAAUGGGAAAGCUGCUUAGAUAAGCCAGAAUUUUACUUCUGUCUUGGCUUUUAAGCUCCUUUUUUGACCGGUGAUCAUGUUUCACAAAGCGGGGAGGGGGAUGGUGGGACACACAGGGAGAGAUUAAGCUGGUGAAGUCACCCUGCAAAACCCACAACUGAGCUGAUCUCAGAACUGGCAAACUCCUUAUCCCUGGUUUGUUGAUGUAAUGUAUAAAAUUGCUUUUUUGCUUUUAACUGCCUUUACUUUCUGAGCUAGGGGCUGUCUUCAUUAACAGCAAAAGUGUUACUUUGUUGUAGAUGACAGAUAAGCCUCAUCACGGGAGAGUUACCUAGUUCGCCUACAAGUUCAAAAUGUAGAGAAACCUCUCUACCGUGGGACCUUCCAUUGCUUUCAGACCAUCAUAAAGCAAGAAUCUGCUUUUGGACUCUAUAAAGGUAUUGGGUCACCAAUGAUGGGACUUACCUUCAUUAACGCACUUGUGUUCGGUGUACAAGGAAACACACUUCGUGCUCUUGGAAAAGACACUCCUCUAAACCAGUUCCUUGCAGGGUCAGCGGCAGGGGCUAUCCAGUGCAUCAUCUGCUGUCCCAUGGAGCUGGCAAAGACAAGAAUGCAGCUUCAAGGAACAGGUGAAUACAAACUAAAAAUGAAGAACUACAAAAAUUCUCUGGAUUGUUUGAUCAAAAUCUAUCGAAAGGAAGGGCUGAGGGGCAUCAACAGGGGCAUGGUCUCUACAUUCAUAAGAGAGACCCCAAGCUUUGGCUUUUACUUCCUGACCUAUGACUGCAUGACCAGGUAUUUAGGCUGUGAAGCUGAAGACAGUUACGUUAUUCCCAAGCUGCUGUUUUCUGGGGGGAUGUCGGGAAUCGUGUCCUGGCUCUCGACCUAUCCCGUGGAUGUGAUCAAAUCCCGGCUUCAGGCUGAUGGAGUCGGAGGCAUUACACAAUACAACGGCAUUUUAGACUGCGUCAGAAAGAGUUACCACGAAGAAGGCUGGAGGGUGUUCACAAGAGGUCUUACUUCCACACUUCUCCGUGCUUUUCCUGUCAACGCAGCUACCUUUGCUACUGUCACUGUGUUCCUAAUGUAUAUGAGGUCAGAAGACAACCUUCGUGAAUGUGAACCAGGUCCAGUAAUCCAGCAGCCUUCCAGUUUGUGAACCUUACCUGUUUGUUCUCCUAAUCCAAAGCCCGGCUGGUUGGGUUUUGCUUUGUUUUUUUUAAAAUGUAAACACUUGACCUGCACAAGUGGUGUAAACGUAUGCUAUCUGUGUAAAGAAUUCCUUAAUGUGUCAAAUUAGGAUUUCAUCUCAUUACUUGUAUAAACAGCGUAUUGCCUUAUUAAGGACUUCAUAUCUAGUAGUAUCCAAGUAAGACGGGGACCUGCCUUUAGAAAGUACUGUACAGUUACUGUUGCGGCUCCAGAAGAGGACCUGGAGAAUGUCAUAGUACCAGAAAUCAGGUUUUCUUCCACUCAUUUUCUGAAAGACUGAGCCGAGUUGAAUGCAGAAGUGUCUUCAGAAAAGAAAUGCUCUUUUUGUAUGUAACAGCAGUAAAUAUAGUCCUCUGAGGUGAAGUAGGGGGAGGAAAUUAAAUGCUGGAAGCAUUUUGCAGGUAACCCUGAACUGUUUUAAGACAUGGACUAGCAUUCAGCUAGCCAUGUGUUUUACUUUUCCUCUGCUUUUAUACAUCUGUGGUUUUAGUAGCAACUUUGUUCAUACUGGUUUGCAAAAAAAAAAAAAAAAAAAAAAAAAAAAAAAAGGAAGAAAGAUUUGUUCCUAAGCUACUCCCUCACCUUUCAGCUUUGAAUAAAUAUCUUAAGCACAAAGUUACCAUCUGCACUCAAACGCACUUGUUCCUUUAAAUCUCAAGGCUUGUAAGGAUUUAGGGAAACUCAAAUUUAUUAAGAUUGAUGUUAUUUGCCUUCAACUCUAUUUCUCAUUUGGUGGGUGCACAGAUUGUAUUGACUACAUUCAGACCAAACAGACUUUUGUUCUCUGAAAUUACUGCAACUUUGCGCCACUUCUCCCAAUGUGCCCCAUAGCAGCCAGUGAUGUACAGAAGUCAAAGUCCUACCUGUGGUAUUGCACAAAAUGUUUGUGGGUGCAAUGUUAGCUUAGCAGCUUAAAGUACUGUAGAAAUACGUACAUGUUUAGAACUGCAGGUUUCAUAAAUUUGCAGAAAAUAGGGGUGUGUCUGAAACAGUUGGUGUUCAAUACACUUGCAUGAUGAAUUUAAACAAUACUGAUUUUUAUGUAUUUAGUUACAGUGCUACUGGAAAGACAACUGAAAAGGGUUUUGGAGAAUUUUCUUGUUACGUUAAUCCACUGUGAUUUUUUUUUUUUUUUUUUUUUUAGCAGUCUGUUCAAGAGGGACUGCAUUAGUCAAAGAGCUAUAAACAGUUAUUUAAGAUUUGGAGUAAGAACUACACAUAUUUGGCACAAAUAGCUAGGAGGAAGGAGUGCAUGUGUGUGAAGAAUGUUCUAAAACGUAUCAGACUAGUUCACUAAGUACAACUUGUUACACUUUUGGUUGGGACAAGUGCAAUAUGUGUUUAAUUUAUAUGAAUUUUCUAAAGAAACCUUAUUUCAUAGCAUUUUGCACUGUAACAAAAUAUGCUGGAGAAACCUGUAAAACUGGUAUGUCUUUUUAUACCUUGGAGGUAUGUUGGAUGUUUUAGUGCCUACUCGCACUGAGAUUCAAAUUGAAUGUUAAAUCUGUCUACUAAGCUGCAUAUGCACAACAACUCACAGCAAAGACCAUUUACACCUUUGUACAGUAGUCUAAUUAUUGUAUAUAAAAUGGAGGGAAUAAAUUUUUUUUAAAUUUUGA